AUGGCAUCCAUCAAUCAACACGCAACUGGCACGCGACCCAUUCUUCCAGAUAUCCCAAGACUUCUGACAUCAGCUUCGACCAAUACACUUCUAAGUGCCCUCUCCAAGUCCACCGAGGAACAUGUCCAAUAUCUGCACGCGAUAGGUCUUUCCGAUCGAGCCAUCAUGGCCAUAACAUCCCUAGUAGCCGAAACCCCCCCAGCUCCCCAUAUCUCAGAUCACCCACGCAACUACCUCCCCUCCUCACCAAUCCCCCUCCCCCUCCCCCUCCCCCUCUCCCUACAAAAUUUCCAUCCCCACGAAAAAAAUACUCUCAUCACCACCGUUCCCGGCCCCACAAACCGCGAACGGGAUAUCCAACUACUGCUCGAUAUCCGUUUAUAUCCCGCUCUAGCAGCAUUACUGCACCAUCUCCCUCUCGAAAUCUAUCGGGAACAUAUGGACACCAUGAUCGACACGUACCGAAAACGUGGCUGGAAACCCAUUUGUCGCUUCACCGUCCCUUCGGCUGUGACAUACUAUCUCAUGCAAUCAGAAUCAGAAGGCUCAUCCCGAUACAUGAUGAUCAUGGCCGGCCUAUGCGGCGAAGAAAACAUAUUAGCCCAACUCCUGACUCUCAAACUAGCAAAUGUGAAUCUAGAGGGCAUAAUGGUAUACGGGCCUCCAAACUUCUACUCCCAGCUAGCCGAACACGAAGCCGAAGAUGCCAUAACAUCCAUGCCCGCCCUCAGCACACUUCCCUGCAUCAUACUAAUAGCGAGCUGCGGCACCGAAGAAAUGCUCGAACGCGUCGUCCUAUCCAAACAAACACCCUGGAACACGCAAUUCUCCAAACAGACAUUCGAAGGCUCCAUCCUAAAACUCAUCUCCUACACAUACAUCCCAGAAAUCAACGCUGCCCACAAACCUAGCACAAAUAUAGUGAUUCUCUCGCGCGUAUACGGUGAUACGAUGGAAUACGUAUUGCGGGCGCUCCUCGCGCGAACCCGCUGCACCCAUCUCUUUAGCGGAGGAGCCGGAGGCUACAUACCGUCGUCGUCUCAACCACGCAAUGAAUGGCCUCCGAUCGGUACAUUCAUGCCUAUUCAGCAAAGUAUCUUUCCCUCCCGCCAACAAGUCACUAUACCCCCACCCUCUGCAUUUGCUAAUCUAAAUCUAAAUCUAAACCUCAACUUUCCAAAACUAGAUAUAUAUCCCGGUACAUCUACAUCUAUAAGGAAAGAUGCACGUCCACAUCUACACAUCAGCGCCGUCCUCCUAGAAACCUACACCUGGCUCACCGCAUGGCAAGAUACAGGAUCCACAGUCGAUAUCGAGACUGCGCAUAUUCUGAACGCGAUCGCAAAGUAUCAUGCUGAGGAAAACGCGAGUGGUGCGAAACAUAGUUGUGUUGGAGCUCCAACGGCGCUAUGUGGGAUUUUCGUUUCGGAUUAUGUGGGGGUGGAGCCGUUAAGAUCUUAUGGGGGGGUGUAUGAGCAACAUGAUGGGGUUGUGGGUCCGUUUUUGGAUGGGGCUAUCAUAUGA